AUGCUGAUCGACACACAGAAACAGCAGAAGAAGGAAGCUGAGGAUCAAAACCAUGAGAACGGAGGUCUGCAGCAGGGACCGGAGGUCCCGGAGAGCGACGAACUCCCGGGCAAGGCCAAGGCAUCCACUGGCCACAAGCAGAAGGAGGGGCCGGCCGCGGGCGGCGGACACCCUCCGGCUCCCGACGGCGGCUGGGGGUGGGUGGUGGCCGCCGCCGUCGCCCUCAGCGCCGCGUUGAUGAUUAUACCCAUCCUGUCAUUCCCGUUCGUCUUCGCGGACUACCUGCAGCAGCUCGGCGAGGGUGCCGAAGCGAUGACCACCAUUGUCAGCGUCUGGACCUGCGUCAGUUCAUUCAUAGGACUCUUAUGCAACACACUCUUCAGGAGAUUCUCCUUCAGACAGAUUGCAAUGAUGGGCGGCCUGCUAUACGGAUUAGGAAACGGGUGUAUUGCACUUGGGACGUCUCUCGUGCAGUUCAUACUUUGUUCUGUUAUCAUGGGUGCUGGUUCUGGACUCAUCGCACCAGCGAUUUUCACUUCAAUCAACUCAUAUUUCGACCGCAAAAGGACUUUUGUCAUGGGCUUCGUACAGUUCGCAAUAGGCGUGGGAGGAGUCGGAGUGCCCGUAAUGACACAAAAACUAGUUGCUGCUCUCGGCUUCAGAACCACUCAGUUUAUAAUCAGCGCGCUUGUACUGUUGAUUAUACCCGCAGCUCUCCCUAUGAAACCUUUAAGAUAUGAGGGGAAUGACGGGGGUGCCGACACCCAUCGUAAGUCGGCAGACCAGGAAUCCGGACCUCAUGUUGCCGGGGAAGAAAGGAAGGGAGUUAUUGGAAAGAUGGCGGGAGUGGAUUAUGUGAAUGAGGAAGCCAAUCAAGUCAGUGAGGAGCAGAAAGAGGCUUCCAACGGCCCUAUUAAUCUGGACGAAGAGGAGAGAAUGCCUGCGGAUGACCUGGUGACGCAGCGAGAAGAAGAAAAACGGGAUCUUAUCGAGAAAAGCAACAAUUCUAAUGAGCGGCGGCGCAGCAGCAGCGUGGCAAGGAUCAGCGACGCCGUCCGGCGUCCACGCAUCUCUAUCGCCAGCUUCAACAGCAUCCCUUUCCCGGAACAGGCCAUGCAGACGACGGAGAACCAGUCCAAAAGGUGGUGGUCAGUAAUUAUAGACCUGUUGGAUCUGCGGCUAAUGCAAGACCUCCGAUUCACUAACGUCCUGAUCGGCACGUCGCUGGUCUUCUUCGUAGACAUGAUGUUCAUGACGUUGCUGCCGCUGUACCUGUUUCACAACAACCUCAGCCGCGAGGAAUCCGCAUUCUGCAUGUCAGUUGCGGGCGUGGCGGACCUGCUAGGGCGAUUCACCCUUGUAGUAAUAGGGGCCUGUUGCGUCCCCAACAACAGAAUCUUAUUCCUCAUCAGUGCUGCUGUGUCUGUUCUCCUCAGAACAAUGUACAUCUUCUUCGCGGAUUACACGUCCGUUAUGGUGCUGUCGGCACUUCUGGGCUACUCCAAGUGCUUCAUCCUGUGCGUAUUCACACUGGUCCUGGGAGAGGUGUGCAGCCCGGACCGCUUCCCCGCUGCCUUCGGACUGCAGAGUGUCUUCACUGGGCUCCUCAACGUCGCCUUCGGGCCUCUCCUAGGUAAACUAAAGGAUUUGACUGGCAGCUUUAGUUCAAGUAUCUGGGUUCUUACCGUCCUUGGCCUGCUGUGUGUAAUACCGUGGACCCUGGAGCUUUGUGUGACUGAAAUAAGAAAACGAAAGAAGAAUGCGCACGUGUGA